ACGGGAGCGGCGAUGUGGUGGACGGCGGCGGAGCAGCACUGGUUGGGACCCACGGCGUGAGUGUGGUAGCGCGCGACGGAGUCCGGCACCGGAGUGGCGCACGUUAGAGGGGUAGAGAGAGAAUAGCCAAACCAACUUCCAUGAAGGGAGUCACAUGACGUGCUUGAAGCACAAGAUCGAUUUACUUGAUGUGGAGAACUAUGAGUGCAAGUACACUUUGAUUGAAGGUGAUGCAUUGAGCGGCAAGCUUGAAUCUCUCUCUUAUGAGGUCAAGUUUGAGACUAUUGAUGGCGGGAGUAAGGUGACAAGCACAAGCUACUAUCACGCCAAAGGCGACAUUGAACUCACCGAAGAGGAAAUGGCAGGUGGAAAAGACAAGGCCAUGGGGAUGUUCAAGGUUGUUGAAGAAUACCUGAUCGCAAACCCAAAUAUCUAUGCUUAAACCAAAAUUUGUUAUUGUCGUUGAGUCACUUUUUUUAUUAUCUGUUCCUCUGUUAUGUAUUUGAAGGUGUGUGAAUUUUUGUUUUGUUUUGUUUUAUUUUGUUUUUUCUUUUUAAGUUGUUUGAAAAGCUACCUAUAGCUUGAGAAUAAUGUUGCAAGACUGUUGCUUCAAUGUUGGAUGUGGAUUAUAGAAUUGAUUUUUUUUUUUUUUCUUCCUA